GGCCUGGGGGGCGGGGUCUGGCAUGGCGGCGGGGCUGCCGCUCGCUUCGCCUCAGGCGGCUGAGCGGGCAGAGAAGAGAAGAGAAGAGGCCUCCUGCCGCCGCCACACUCGCCGAGGAAGCCUUCCCCAGACGCCGCCGCCAUGCCCGCGCUGAGUGAAAAUAUCCUUUUUGGAAUGGGCAAUCCCCUCCUUGACAUCUGUGCAGUAGUGGACAAGGACUUCCUGGACAAAUAUGGACUGAAGCCAAAUGACCAAAUCUUGGCAGAAGAGAAACAUAAAGAGCUAUUUGAAGAACUUGUGAAAAAAUUCAAAGUAGAAUAUCAUGCUGGUGGAUCUACUCAGAAUUCCGUCAAAGUGGCUCAGUGGAUGAUCCAGCGUCCUUAUAAAGUGGCAACGUUCUUUGGGUGCAUCGGAACAGACAAAUUUGGUGAGAUCCUAAAGAAGAAAGCUGAAGAAGCCCACGUGGAUGCCCAUUAUUAUGAACAGAGUGAAGAACCAACUGGAACGUGUGCUGCCUGCAUCACAAGUGACAACAGAUCUCUUAUUGCUAACCUGGCUGCUGCUAAUUGUUACAAGAAGGAGAAGCACCUUGACCUGGAAAAGAACUGGAAGCUGGUGGAAAAGGCUAAAGUUUAUUACAUUGCAGGCUUCUUUUUGACCGUGUCACCUGAAUCCAUUCUAAAAGUGGCCACUCAGGCCUCAACGAAUAACAAGAUCUUCAGUUUGAAUCUUUCUGCGCCAUUCAUUAGCCAGUUCUACAAGGAGCCGAUGAUGAAAGUGAUGCCUUAUGUAGACAUCCUUUUUGGGAAUGAGACGGAGGCUGCCACGUUUGCUCGAGAGCAAGGCUUUGAGACCGAAGACAUCAGAGAGAUUGCCCGGAAGGCACAAGCCCUGCCAAAAGUGAACCAGAAAAGGCAGCGAAUUGUCGUCUUCACCCAAGGGAAGGAUGAUACUAUCAUGGCCACAGAUACUGAAGUGCGAUCCUUCCCUGUGUUAAUCAGUGACCAGAGCGAGAUUGUGGACACCAACGGAGCAGGAGAUGCGUUUGUGGGAGGUUUCCUCUCACAGCUCGUGUACGACCGGCCGCUGACGGAGUGCAUCCGUGCCGGACACUACGCUGCUAGCGUGAUCAUCAAGCGUUCUGGCUGCACCUUCCCAGAGAAGCCGGACUUCCACUGAUAUUGGGCCACCCCAAGGGAUCAAGAAGGGGUCUCUGCCUCCGUCUCCCCACUCUCCUCCUCCCGGGUUACCUGGCAUUGAGGCUUCUGUACUUCUCUUCCGGUUUAUCUCUGUCCUGACAGCCCUUUUCUUCUCCCGGACACAGCAGUGACCUGCAUGUGUUAAAUUAGAGGUCACGCUCCCAGUGAGACUCCGUUCAGCCCCGCUUUGUCCCAGCACAGAUCCCAGGAGUAGUGCAGUAUGAAACAACCCCAGUUCUGGUCUAGCAAUGCUUCCGUAGUAUAUUCACUUGCUUGUGUAAUCCAGGUGAGAAAUCAUUAAGUUCAUUUGGUAUAAAACUGUUGACAUUUCUGAGGAGAAUUUGUAUCUGUUUUUCUCCUCCCAUUAUUCUACAUUCAGUCACACACACACACACAGGGCCCACUGCUCCUUCCAUUGUAGCCAAUAGGAAUUUGCCCCUCUGAGGCCUGGUGGCAGGAAGCCAUCUCAUCGGCUUUAUGAAACGCUGGCUCAGGCCUCUCUGUGCACCUCUGCCAGGAUAGGGCCCAGUGGUCCUGCAGGGCAGAAACAGGGUAUUUGGGGGCUACGCCCAGAAUAGGAAACUUUCUCUUGUCUUGGGGGAUUCGAGGGUUGCAUCUCAAAGGACAGACACUUGUGAAAAUGAAGUACAGAAAUAACCAUGCAGGCAACAUGCCAAAAUGGAAUCUUUGACUUCAACGCACAGUUUUAAGACAACCGAGUACAUCAUAUAAGAAAAUCUUCUGAAUUUUAUUUGUAAUGCAGUAUUCAAGGGAGAGGCAUUCUGAAAAUGCUGUUCAUCUACUUUACUAUGUAAUUUGAUACUGAUAAAUAAAGCCAUUGUGAUACAGGA